AUGGACAGGUUUCAGUUAAGGGUUCCUAGACUAGUGAUGAUCAAUGAGAAGGAACCAGUGGAAGGCAAAGAAGUAGUUCGGCGAGUACUUCCUCACCAUAAAACGGUUCACUAUCUGUACGAAUAUUCGAUUAGUGGGAGCGCAGAACAAAAACUUAUGGAAGAAAUCAAUGAGAAACUGUGCUGUUCUCGUGUAGAAGGUAUCUAUGAGUCGCAAACACCGUUGAUGAAGGAUCAACUAAUAACAACAGGUGAUAUUCAACCAACAAUAAAGUUCAAUACUCGUCAUUUUCGUGUAGUUGCUGAGGCUGAGAAGGAAGUCAAUAAGGCCAUUCGAAUGAGCCGAGAAGCUACCGCCAAGCCGACACUUUUAUGCAUGCUUGUUGAUGAAGAGCCAAAACAUAUGGACUAUGCAAACUGGGCGCGCUAUCUACAUGUUCCUAUCGGCAGUGUGCCAAGCGAUGCAGGUCUCUUUGGUUUGGAUUUACUUUUUGCUCGACAUCUUCAGAGAGCCGGUCAUGCACUCGUUUGUGUGGAAUUUGAGUUGGAAGCAGUUGCGGUAACUGCACUUGUACAACGAGGUCGCCUUUUGGAGGCGGAAGGAGCAGAUGACGCUGUUGCGUUCGAUUCAACCGCGGCAUUACCGUCAGAUGCAUAUUGUGGGCUGAGGAACACUAUCUCGGCUUUUGAUGAAGGUGCUGCCGUUGACGCUGCGCUGAAGAUACUGAAGCAGAUGUUGACCGAU